UCGGUCCUUUUUUUAUCUUCAGAACAGCAGCAAAACGAGCCGCAAACAAGCUGCCAAACAAGCGGCGCAAAACAAUCCGCAAAACAGCCGACCGAAGACGUAAACUUUUGAACCGUUCGUCCGCGGGGUUCGCGGGGCCCGCAAAAAAUAUGCGCCAUAUUGAUGGACAACCGUUGCGUCAUCAGUGCAAUCGACCAGCAACGUCCAAGAUUAUUGAAGAUUGUCUUGUUAUCUUCGGCCAGACGGUCUCAUCAGAGUAAGAUUCUGGUCAAGAAUAGUAUAUAACUCAGGAAGAUAGAAGAACGGAACGUUUCUGCAUGCUAAUAAAGAACAACUAUUCGCCUCCCACUUAAUAAACAUUCAACUUUCGAUCAACUAACUAUAUUCAAUUAACAAGCUCCGCCUAAACGUUUAUGAGCGCAACUAACAUUGAGGAUCGUGAUAAUAGCUUUCUGGAAAACAAGGCUAUUGAUCACAUUGAGGAAAUUGAAAAUGUCAAAGGCUCUCAAGAACCGCCUAAUCUCCCUGGCUUUGGUGGUCAUUUGAUAGAUGAAAACCUUGUGCGUGUAGAAGGUGAAGAUAAAGUAACAUGGUAUCUUUGCUUUUUAGUUGCUGCCUCGGCAAUCGCUGGCUUCCUAUUCGGCUAUGACACUGGUGUCGUUGGUGUCGCAUUGCCUUUGGUGGGAACCGACCUCGGUGGCAGCGCACUCAACUCUUCACAGCAAGAAAUUAUCACUGCAGGUACCACCAUCGGGGCUAUCUUUGGUUCUGCUAUCCUUGGUGGAUGGGGUGAUCGCCUUGGACGAAAGAUGGCAAUCUUGAUUUCUGACGUCUUCUUUACCCUCGGUGCCGUGAUCAUUGCAUGCAGUUACUCUGUCCCGCAAAUCAUUGUCGGUCGAAUUGUCCUUGGUGUUGGAGUCGGUGGCGCAUCUGUCAUUGCUCCUCUUUUCAUCGCUGAGACAGCGCCUACCGCUGUGCGUGGUCGAUGUAUUGGUAUCAAUGCCUUCUUUAUUCCCUUCGGUCAGGUGGUCGCCGACGCAAUCGGUGCAGGUGUACAGAACCUGCAUAAUGGGUGGCGAUUACUUUUUGCUUUGGGCGUUGUCCCUUCCGUUCUUCAACUGCUUCUCUUCCACUAUCUUCCUGAGUCACCACGUAUCCUUAUCCUCAGGGGGGAUACCGACGGUGCUCGUACCGUCUUCCAGCAUAUCUACCCUACUGCUACUCCUGAAAUGAUCGACUACAAGUUCCGCGUCGCUCAAGAGUACGUCACUGCCACAACCGCGCUUCAGUCUGAUACCACUUUCUGGGAAAGAGUGAAGAAAGUAUGGAAGACUGGAUCUUACCGGCGAUCUAUCACUUGUGUCAGUGUUAUUCAAGCCGCCUGUCAACUCUCUGGUUUCAACACCCUUCUCUAUUAUGCAGGCACUCUCUUCGGUCUCCUUGGUCUGUCCAAUCCAGCCCUGGGUGGUCUUAUCCCUGCCAGUACCAACGCGGUUUUUGUAUUAAUUGGAAUGUCUCUUGUUGACAAAGUCGGAAGACGAGGGUUAAUGUUAUUUGGUGUGCCAAUAAUGCUUCUUGGUCUUGUGUGGAACAUCGUUGCUUUCUAUUACAUGUGCAAGCCGACAGGCGGAUUCCUCGACACUUCUUACUCCUAUGACACGACAAACGUCAGUGUUGUUAUUGGUGGUAUCGUCUUGUUCGUCCUCGGUUACGGUCUCAGCUACAGUCAUAUCGCUUGGUACCAGGCUGAAUAUUUGGCCCUCGAAGUACGGUCCAUGGGUUGUGGUGUCGCCACCACUGCCAAUUGGAUUGCCAACCUCGUUGUCUCCGUCUCCUAUCUUUCGGAGCUCGAAACGAUGACACCCUCUGGUACCUACGGUUUCUAUCUCGGUCUCAGUGUGAUCGGCUUUGUGUUCGUCGUGUUCUGCUUCCCAGAAGCCAAAGAACUGUCCAUCGACGAGACGUCCAUUUUAUUUGAGAACGACUGGGGAGUUAAGCGAUCUAUUCAGAUGCGCAAAGAGCGACGUGAGACUCAAAAACGAUUCCAUGAUGCCGAACUCGCCGAAGCUGCCACAGCUCACAUUGAAGCUCGUCAGCAAAAGUCGACUUCGGUCAGUCCUGCCGAGCUCUCCAAGUUUAUGGCGGGUUUGAAGGGUGGCAAAAGAAAACCUUCUGUCUCGGUUUAAGCCGCAGCUUGAGGACGUCCAGUGUGACAAGUGAACGUGGGGUCUUGAUAUGUGCUAGUGUUUUGGCUCUCAAAAUGUUCCUAACUGAAGUUCUUGUAUUUACAUAUAUAUGAUCUGUAUGCGUGUGAUAGAUAUAUAUUGAAUCU